AUGUUGGACUUCCCCCUUUUGUUUUGUAGGGCAUCAGCAUGUCUGUUCAGUGCUACAGAACAUUGCCAUGAUUCAAUUGAAAUUGCCACGUUAGAUACAGACAGAGGCGAGUGUUUACUACAGGUAUGUACUUUGAUAUGCUUUACCCAACUUUGAUAUGCUACCCCAUUAUGUUUAAGAUGUGUAAAUUGAUUAUCGUUUUAAAAUGAGGACGUAUAUUAAAAAAUAAGUAAGCCUAUAUUCUUCCAGACACAUUUCAUAUGAAAUUUAUUCAUUCGUUUUUUCGAAGUUCCGCCGAGGCCUUCAGCAUUUUGUGUGAAAGAAGUGCUUUUUCAGGUAGCCUGCUCGCAGACGUUGUAUUUCUUACGCCAAGCGACGAAAGACUAACGUCUGCUGACCCGAGCUGCUCAUUCCAUUCCCUUUGUUUUAGAAGCCAAUCAUCUGGCAGUUUUCAAAAGAGUUAGAGGCAAUUGGAAGCCUUAUUGUGGGAUUAUAGCUACUGGGGAAAGCCCUUGCACGUGGGAAUAUAUAUGUUGUUUGGGUUGAAAUUUGUCAGUUUACUUACGUGGAUAUAUUUUGGAAACUAUAGCGUUGAGCUUCACGAUGUUUACGUAUAAUAAUAUUGUGAUCAUCCUCUCGCAUGUCCUACAAACAAUUGGUGUAUAUAAAAUGCAAAACCAAUGCAGUAGGCGAAAUUUAGAUAUUUGUUAACAAUGACAAACAAGCAAUUGGGAAACUUGCAUGCAGGGUGUUAGCCAGGAUUUCAAAAGUGGCCGUCCAAAAUAAUUUUGUGGGCGUGGCCACAAUUUUUUGUGGGCGUGAUCACAUGUUUUUGGGCGUGGCCGCAAUCUUUUGUUGUUGUGGAAUUGUGGUGUUCUAUUCGUUAAACGUUUUUACUUUUAGUUUUAGAUGCACUUUUCUGUCAUUAAAUUAGUAAAAGCACAUGUAUGGUAUGAACUGUAUGAUCACUACGAUGUACAGUACACGCUACGAUGAAGAACACAAUACAGCAGUGUAGUGUUUAGUUAUUUUUUAUCAAUCGCCGAUAUUUUUUUCUCUUUUUUAUGCGUUUGGCUCAUUUUAUAGCCAUCUUUACCGUUACUGUAACUCUAAAGCACGUGGUGCUCGAGCGAUAAAGCGACUGCUGUUUUUUAAAACAGCGGUUUCAAAUUAUUCUCCUUGAUACUUCAUGCGAGAGUCAUCAACAUGGUUACAAAAACAUGGCGCGUUUGUCGAUACUUCAAUUCAGCCAUAUUCAACGUGUUUUCGAGGGGGGAAAAAGUAUGAAAACAUAUACCAUAAGUAAAGUAAACAGCAGAUGACAACAAUUCGAAGUAUUCAAGAAAUACUACAAAGCUUGUAAAUUGCUAUUUAAACAAAAUAUUCGCUUAGGCCGUCCAUGGCCGUCCAUUAAAAUUUAGCCGUCCAAAUUCAGUUGUGGCCGUCCGUAGGACGGUCGGACGACCGCCUGGCUAACACCCUGCUUGCAUGGGUAUAUCAGGAUAUGUCCGAAUGUUGCUCUUGAUUGAUACUUCCUAUAUGCCAUGGCUUCGACUAAAACUUCUAAAAGAUUAAGCUCUCGUUGUCAUGUAUAAAACAGUAUAGCCAAGUUAGAGUAUAAACGUUUCGAAGUUAGGGCGAAUUGGAAAAUUCAUCUCGGCGCAAUUACAAGUUUCUCGGGUUUGUGUUGUGUUUACAGUUUACAGUCAGAAGUGGUUGGCAUGUUCAAACGCAAAUUAGUUUACUUUGAAGCUAAUCAUAUUUCUCUUUCGGAGCAAAAGUAUUCUAUAAAAUAUUCUGUCUUAAAUUCUGUCAGAGUUCUGUUGUCUUAAAGAUAAAAAUCUGUCAAAAGUUCAAAUUUCGGCGAAACAUAUUCGGCAUUUGAUGCUGUUGGCCUAGAUUCAUACAGUGUAAUGCCAUCCUGCAUGUCCGCGUUUUCAAUUUCAAAUUUCAAUAUAACCGAACAUCUUCAAUAUCCGAAUCUGAUCAUUAAUUGUGCAUUUUAUUACCUGGACAAGUAUCAAUAUCUUUAAAUUCAAUUUAUGUGCAAUUUUGACCAACUGCUUUCAAAAUGUUUACUUAUAUUUAUUCCGCUCCAAAAUGAACUGUCACUUUCCGAAAUAUAGAAGGUUCGUUGUGAUUGGUCGAUCGGAGGGAAUGGAAUGUGCAGCUCGGGUCAGCAGACGUUAGGCUUUUCGUCGCUUGGCAUAAGAAAUACAACGUCUGCGAACAGGCUAUUUUUCAGGCAGCAUGCUUUUCAGUUCUCAAGCGCUUUCAACUCCAUGAAAUAUCCAAUCCUGUCAAUAGAAUUUCGUAUCAAUAGCAUUUCUACAUCUCAUGCAUGUCGAACUAUAACAUAAAACAAAUCACUAUCCUACAUCAGGGUCCGAAAAUAUGGAAUUGUCUUGCUGCAUCAAAAAGGAAAAAAUAUCACUUCUUUCAAACGAAAAUUACAAAAAUAUCUGGUUGAAAACAAUUAGUACAUUGUACAUGUCAAUAGGAGCUUCAUUUAUAAACAACAAAUCAAACAAAAAAAUGUUUGCCUUAAUUUUUGUUAUGAAUAACAAUGAGAUGGCCUCUUAAUACAAGUCUUUGACUUCUUGAGGUCUUCUCGCCAUGCAGUUACUUUCCUUUCCUUUCAAUUCGACGUACGUAAAUAUAAAUAGACCUAAAUUUUAUUAUUAUAAUAAUCAAUGUAAAUUAACUGAAUGAAGUGGUAAAUAAAUUGAAUUGAAAUUGAAAUUUAAGUGCAUGUUCAUGCCAAGUGAUAACCCUAGCUGCGUCUUCAUUGAGUUAUGGACACUUUUAAAAGUUAACUUCAUGAAAUACCUAAACUUAUUCCCUCUCCAAGAAACUCCUCAUGGGAUCGUUUGAUUGAUAGAAUUCGUAAAAUGUAAAUGUAAGUGAGCAUUGCAAAUGUAAAGUGAGCUUUUGCACAUUCAGAUUCAUGUGUGAUAACUUUGAAUUGUUUUUUUUUUAGUAUGCAAAUCUUGCAUUUGAAAAACUAACUGGUUAUUCGAGAAAGGAUGUUAUUGGGAGAACAACUAGACUUGGACCGUAUCCAAGUAAUUGUAAAGAUUCUGGUUCGGUAAGUAUUUUCCUUUAGGAAAUUCGCCCCCUAUAUAAAUUUUAAUUUUUUUGUCUAAAUUUUUGUCGAUUUAUUAGGCUAAUUAAUACAUUGAAUAAUGCUCAAUUUCAUAGGACGAAAUGUUUCUGGGCUUUGAAUGGGUAUGACAUGUUAUACUAAGACCGUCUAUUUUAUAUUUUGAAAUUCGAUCAAUUCCAUCGUGUUUGUCAAUACAGUGGUAAACUGGUAAUGUGUUUCAGUGUUUACAACAUAGCCAUAGGAAAAUAAAACGCUGAGGCGAAGGCAGCCAAGUUAAAAUUUGGCAAAUGUGUUGCUGCAUGACUACGUACUGUUAAUAAUAACAAUGAAACUAAACGUAUUUCUUCUAUAAACACGAUAGUAAAUUUAUAGCUUAGCCUUAGCUGAUGUAGUGGUAUAGUACUAAAUACCAUAAACGCGAUCUAUCAGCAUAAGAAUUACCUAACCAAUGCAAUUAUUCUUAAUCAAUGUCAAUGAAUAAUUUUGUGAAUACUGCUCUUUAUAAUGAAAUAUAAAAAACCCAUAUAGUUUAUGCAUGUGUCAUUUAAAAAAAACAAGUUUUGACAAUACCAAUAUUAAAUUACAAUAACCACCACGGUGAUUACUUUUUAACAAUGAGUUUAAGGAUUCACACUGAAAAUGCAAAAUAUGCAAGGUGUACUGUGAAGCGUCAUAAGUUCUAUUGAUCUACUGUAACGCCCGUAUUCUAAAAGCUCACUCACACUUAAUGAGUGGAAGUUCAAUCUGAGCUUCUCUCGAGUGUCAUUGCUGUUUUUGAAUAGCUGGAGGGCUAGUGUCAUACCUUACUAUGUGACUACUCGCCCUCCAGCUAUUCAAAAACAGCAUUUAUACUCAAGAGAAGCCCAGAUUGAACCUCCACUCAUUGAGUGUGAGUCGAUACAUGUAAUUAUAAAUUUGUAUUCUUACGGCUUGAAAUAACGUUCCCAAAGUUCCCGAUCAUGGUGAUCGGCAGUCAUAACUUUCCCUGCUUUUUUCAGGUUGGAAACCCUGCUUUUCCGCCGAUAAGCAAUUUCUUGCCGAUCGGUGAUCGGCUGUUAUUUCAAGCUGUCUUAAGAAUUUUGAAUUGGUACUGAUUUCAAAUAACUAAAGCCAUGUAAUAAUUAUCCCAUGCGACUGUUAGUAAGGGCGAAAAUUUUAACGAAGGAAGAAAAUCCUAAAGGAAAGGUGAAGUUUCUAAAGAGGGGUAGCCCGCGUGCAGGCCCAAGGGAGCAGGCUGAAGGGAACUUGAUAGUGGGCCUGCAAGCAAGGCCCGGUAUUUUGUACUUUCCGCGUUCGCCCACGAACGCGGCAUUCUGAUUGGCUGUUUGCUGUUGGAUUCUAUAAUUAGGUCAGUGAUUCAUCACAAAGGCAUAGACAAAGGCUCUCGAUAAGCUUAAAAAUUCGAAAAUUGAUCACUUUUUUCGAUUACAAAUGGAACAAGAACAGACUGUUUAUUGUUUACUUGAAGGAAGAGAUUUUUUGCCGUUAUGCCAAUGAGGAUUGCUUGUCGUGAGGUGUUGGAAUAGCAACAUUUAAUACGACUGGGGUAAACUAUAGUAACCUUUACUUGAGUUUCAUUAAUUUCAAACAGACUUGAUACGUUAUAUGUUCCUCAAGAAAAUGAUCUUUUGGUUGAUGUUGAGAUGCAGUUGCAUGUAAGCCUAUUCAAAAUACUUUGCGAUUUACAAAGCUUCGCUGAGAGAGCAAAAGAGAAGACGGUAUUAAAUUGCCGUUUGAAACGAAACGAUCUGGACUCUGAACGCUCUCUUCUUUUGUAGAGUUCUCACCAAAUGAAAUAACUGAAAUAAAUUUCGUACUUUCCGCCGCCAACAAGAAUUGCACACACGAUCUGAUAAGUGAGACAAUUUAUUUAUAUUUAAACAAUGGCGACAGCGAAGCAACAUUAUAAAUGCUGAUGUGGUCGCACGACUUCCCUCACGAUUUGAAGUUUGAGACUGGUUUUCUGUUGAAAUUCGUCUUAAUUUGCCUGUUCCGAUUUUAGUUGAAAAUGAGCACUUGUAAAUUUGGCAAUUACUGACUGUGUUGCUUGUUUUUUUUGAGUUUUAACACAGGCAUUUACACAUUGUUUCUAUUUUGAAUAUUAAAGCAGAGAAAACCCCGCAACAUUUUAAUGCGAGUUUGUUUGUUAAUAUUUGGGUUGCUGUCAUUGGUUCUUUUUUGACAAUUGACGCGCGAAUGGGGCGUGUUAUGAAAAGGGGCGUUUUACAAAAUACACUAUCAAGUUCCCUUCAGCCUGCUCCCUUGGGCCUGCACGCGGGCUAAAAGAGGGGCGAAUUUCCUAGGAAAUUUGCCCCCCGCGAGGGCGAUAUUACUAGGAAUUUCGCCUCCUGGAUGGCGAAAUUGUAGGGGGGGGGGGGGGGGGGGGGGGCGAAAUUCCUGGGACACCGUCCUCAAAUAUAUGAAAAAUAUAUAGUCCAACGCAUGAGCACCACUUAAGGAAAUGUUUAAAAGUUGCCGUAAAUUUGGUAGGUUAAAGAUGCACAACGUUCAGUUGCAUGGUCUGCAGGAAUUUUUUAUGUUCAGGUUGUGUUUAGAGGAGAUUGAUGAUGUCUGGGUUUGCCUACUAAGGUUGUGCUUCCUGGAAUUAUUUUCUCCAGUCCUGCCUGGAGCUUUACAACAUUCAGCUUACGUAACUGUUGUUCAUCAAUUAUAUAAUUUAUACUAACUAUGUUUCAUGCAAGGAAUCAAAGUGAACAUUUUCUUAUCUCUAAAAGCUAAUUCUUCAUAUGCCAUUCCGGGAAUGCUAUCAUUCGAAUCGUUCUCUUACAGCCAAUUUUUGGCAAAAAAUGGUGGUUAUACAUGUGCACUUCACUAAGUUUCUCCAUUGCCACUUGCUACCAUUUCCGUUAUGGUGGCAAAGAUUCGUCAUGAUUUAUUUUUCAGCUAUAACUGUUUUAUGUAUAAUAACAGGGCCUUGAUGAACAGAUCUAUUCGCAACUUGAAAAAGGCAAAAUGAAGGUACGUUGUAACCAGCUGGGAUUUUAUGUAACAUCAUGCGAUUUUUUGAAUAAAUUUGCGUAAACUUGGUACUAGUCAGAUCUCCAUAUUUGUGUGAAACAAAGACAGCCAACAUAUUUAAAAGAAAAGAAGUCAAUGUCUCAAUGAAACCUAGAAAUUAACGACAGAGACAAUGCAACUGCUGAAAUAACGGUGUUCUCUGGCAAAUGACGAUUUUCUACAACAGAUUUCGUUUCACCAUCCAGUAUUUUACAUGUACUUUGACUGACUAGUGAUGUCCAUUUUAAUUUCAAACUGUGCAGCCGAAAAUUUAGCAGACCUCAUGCUUUUGACUGCAUAGCAAUUGUGUUUCGAAAUCCGAAAGAUGGCAAAUUUAUUAACUGCAAAUGGUAUAUCAUAUAUAAGUAUCCAAUAAAUAUCAAUACCAAUAUUUAUAAAUGUGCCAAAUGUGCAAUGGCAAAUUAGUAUUUUACGUAAAAAUGGAACAAAGCCAAUUAUUAAUUAAUUAUGUUGAAAAAGAUUUGAUAGAUAAUCCUAAUGAGUUCAAACCAUAUUUGUUUAAUUAAAGAUGAAACAGUGGUGGGUUGUAGGAUAUAUUUACAUAUUCACAAUUUCUCACUACUUCGGCAAUCGUCAUUGGCAUGACGGCAUGUAUAGCGUUUAAUAUUAUUUUGCUAUUUUUGCAUGUCAAGGUCACGCGAGGUCACUCCAUUGAAUAUUAUGUCAAAAUUCCAUAUUUGGUCUGCUAUUGCGUUCAUAUAUGACUAGCUGUUAGCUGUUAUCAGAAAUGAUCACAAAUCAUGAGUUCUUUUAAAAAAAUAAGGACAUUAUUAAAUCCAGUAUGAAAACUACCAUAUAGUAUUACAUAAUAGUACUACAAAACAUAUUUUGGAUACCUUCUACUUUAGUGAUAUAUUGCAUACAUUUAACAAUUCUUCGCCGAAGGCGAGGUGAUUAUCGGGGAAUAUUCGCCGAGACGAAGUCGAGGUGAAUAUUCCCUGAUAAUCACCGAGCCUGAGGCGAAUAAUUGUUUUAGUAUGUUUACACAAGUCUUUUGUGUUUUUGGGACUGAGUUUAUUUUAAUUUUGCUUAUUUCUUUAUCAGUAACUUCCAGAAAACGGCUAGCCGCCAUUUUGAAAACUUCGGGGUUUUUUAUAUUCAUCUGUGCGAGGUGAAUAUAACAGCUUAGUACGUCAAAUUUGACCAAUCAACUUGUAGGAUUUGUUAUGUUCACUUCUGCAAAAAUACUGAUAUGUAUUGUUUAAUUUUUAGGAAUGGAAAGACUAUACCAGUCAAAAAAAGAAUGGUGAAACAUUUAAGCAAAACUUGCAAAUUAUUCCUGUGAUAGGCAGGGGAGGGUAAGUUAUCAAGCUCUUCAUUUUCGUAAGAUUUCUAUUCUUGGUUGUGUAUAAGUUUUGAAGAUUGAUUUCUAUAAAGUUUUAUUUCCGAUGCUUCUGUGUCGUUUAGCGCUACCAUCGCAUUCCUAUAAAUAGACAUCUUGGGAAAGGCGACAUGUAAUCUGAGAAUUAACAGUUAAAAACAUAAAGGCGAAUUUUUAAGUUAAAAAUACCCGCUAAUUUUUGUUUAUUUUCUUUGCUUUGAAUUUGCAAGAACAUUCUUAUAUUUUUACCAACAUGCAGUCAAGUCAAGAAACCGAGCAAAUCGUUACUCGCAGUGCUCUCUCAUGUUGUUAUUCAAUGCUCUCACACUCGAGCGCGGUUUUAUAACAAACGUUUAUUGUAAUUUUUUAAAAUACGGCAUUAGAUUUGCCCUUUCUUGUAAACGUUGAUGUGCUUUGCACCGGCUUGCACGAGUAUGCCAAGGUGCUGUCGAAAAAUUAUCAACAGCCGCGAAUAUCCUAUUGCCUAUUACGUUUUUGUGUGCUUAUAGUGUUAAGGAUGUUCGAUCAAGUCAGCGUGUUUUUCUUGUCAUUAUCUAAUAAAAAAUAUGAAUUAUGAUAUUUAUUUGUCUAUUUUAGUUUCGGUAAGGAGGGCUCUCCUUUUUUUGGCAACCCCCUGCAUGUAUAUCUUUUUCAAGUUUUUUCUCGACUGUUUUGCACGCUUUUUUCUUUUCGAAACGAAAACAAAUUCGACGAAGGCCAAGCCGGCAAGCCGGUUAGUUUUUAUACUGUUUUUACACAUACAGCUAUAGAUAAUAUUACUUUGUUCCAUUGGUCUGUUCCUUCCUGCUUUCUGAUACAUUUUGUAUUUUAAAAGCUCCAUAGUUUUGUUUAUAUCUUUGGCUAAAAAGCAGAGAGAUGAAGAGGUGGAAAAACACAGAAAGAGCAAGGCACUGCCACGGAACACAGUGCAUUAUUGCGUCAUAAUGCACGCGCAUUAGCCAAUCAAAUUGUCUGUUACUGUAUAUCCCACUUAUAUUAUAAAAACUAUUAUUAUAUGGCAAGCAUCACUUCCGGUGAAAUGACGGACUGUGAUUGGCUGAGAAGCACUUUCAGCGGUCCGUUAUUUUCCCGUAAAAACAAACACACUCAUUUUAAAACAAAACAGCAAAACUAAUUGAAAAUUUGAAAAUUGUAAUUUAAUUUGUUCUUAUAUAACAAGUUAAUGUAGAGCGGUGAAACGCUCCUUCCCCCUCCCCUCCUUCCCCCUCCUUCCCUCCCCUCCUUCCCUCUCCCCUCCUUCCCCCUCCCCUCCUUCCCCCUCCCCUCCUUCCCCCUCCCCUCCUUCCCCCACUCGCCAACAAUGUUGGGAAAAGAAAUAUGAAUUAGCGUUUGAAAAGGGUCGGCAAAAUUUCACUUAAACCCCCCGCCCCCCAUUCAUUCAAAUAGGGCUAGUUCCGUCCCUGAGCACAGGCGUAACUGCGGGAAAAAGGCCCUCAUUGAGACUAGGCCGUAGUAGUUGCAAUUUCUUAAAAAAUGCCCUGUGCCAAGGGCUAAUUUUAUAAUCUUUUGACGGGCUUUAAGUUUUUAAUAAGGCCUUUAUAUAAAUCAACAAUCUGGUCCCCCACCCCCAAAUGAACAUAUGACGUUUCUCGUGGACAAAAUCGAUAUGUGAGGCCUCCCUAAUUAGGAAUUUCACUUUUCAUUUAAAUUCCAGGAAGAUCGCCCAUCUUGUUGCCGUAAAACAGGAGGUGAAGGCAAGCACAGGUGGAAGUAUUUGGAACAAGGUAUGUUUCAACUAGAGGAGAUAUUGAAUUACCAAUAUCAGCAGACGGGAAUAUCGGCAUAAAGAUGAAAAAUUGGAAAAAAAAGUGUUCAAAGAAUUCAGACUAAUUAAUUUUGAGACCUAUUAGUGAGGCGGAUAUGUGUAAAAUUAUUGAUCAGUAGUUCCCGUUGAGGUUAAAAGCAUCAAACUUUUACAAUUGAUGUAGUUUUAUUUGUUUAAUAGAUAUUUGAAGUGGGGCCAUCGCUAUUUUGCUGCUAACUCCUGAAAACGGGUGAUUAGUGAUUUUCUUCUAUUGAAUUCUAUUAUAGCCAAAAACAUGUGAAAUUUUGUAUUCAAUUACAACAAAUAUGACUUGCAUCAUCAGAAAGCUUAUAAAAAACUGCAUAUAAGACAUUUAGACAGUUUUUUGAUUUCUGAAAUAGUUUUCGAAUUAUAAACUGUUAAAAAUGCAUUUUCAAACAUCGAAUAAUUAAUUAGGGACUUUUAGCGAGAUAAUGUGCCUAAUUUACAGCAAUAACCAUUUGAAGAAUAAAAAAAAACUGUUUAAAAGUCUUUUAUGUAGCUUUUUACAAGCUUUGUGAUGAUGCAAGUUAUAUUUGUCGCGAUUGAAUUCAAAAUGUCACAUUUUUUGUUGUAGUAGAAUUUAAUAGCAAAUAAUGCUAAUAGCAUCGUAACUCUCUAAAAAAACAGUUUCACGAUGGCCCCACUUUUGCAUGUUGUUCUACUCAUAAAAAGAUGCUACUGUGCACAAUUUGGUGCUUUUAACCCUCUUCGGAAACAUCCAUGCACAUAUCCGCCACACUAUAUGCGCACAUUCAAAGGUUAAGAACAAUGCGCAUUUUCACGAUUUCCUUCAAAAUUUCGCCUUAUAUUGUGACAUAUAGCUAAAAAAUGUGUGUCUAGCAAUAUUUUGAAAUCAAAUUUAAAUUGCAAUAACGCAGUUCCGGAUUGAAUCAUAUCUGUAGCUUGUCAAUGCCUAAAGCAAUCCCAGACACACUUCUCUAGAUCAAUCAUUAAGAAGUACAGACAAUAUUAAUACUUCAGUUAUAUCAGAGCGAAUAUAACUCAUGGAACAUAAGGUACCUGCAAAACUAUUAUAUGUCAUGUUUAUUUGACAGUGCUGACAUGUAGAGCUUUUAUUUGGCACACGUGUCAUUCAAACCUUGCUCCAUUUACAGGGUUUUUUUCAGGAUUUUCUCUUGGGUCCGUUUUUGCAGAGAAGAUUGAGUUUAGCUGAACAGCUGGGGUGGUUGCACUCCCCCCCCCCCCCCCCCCUACCAGGGGGCUGACACCUGUACUCAAUAAAUGUAGUUGAGACGGAAUGUGUUAAAGCAGGGGCACUAAGGGACACUAUAAACUGUUUAAAGAUGGCGAAUGCAUAGUUUUUCUUGUGUUGUGAGAUGAAUUCCAGCAAUUUUUUCUUAAUUGUCGGGUUUCCAACUGAAAACUAAUUUCCACACGUCACGAAUUUAACUCAAACAACUUCAUUUUUACUGCACUGAAACUCUCAAUUUAAGAUUGAGUUUUUGGGGCCGUUUAACGGCCCAAAAAAAUCCCUGAAAAAAACCCCUGAUUUAAGUGUGUUAAUGCUAAGUUAUAGCGAACCAAUAGGAAAUUUUUGGGAAUUGAAAUUAUUUUUUCUCUAUGGUCGCAGACUCCGUCGUGCCUAAUUUCAAUAUGGCGGUGGCAGCUAUGCAAUUCCUGUUAUUAGAAACAACUCCAUUUAGCCAAUAAAAAUUCAGUAAUUUUGUCUUGCUAAUAUAAUAGAUGGUGGAGUACAUCUAUUAUAUUUGCUUUCACUCAAUGAACUCACAAACAAUGAAAGAUUCAAAUGAAUGUUUUACCCAGAACAUGUUUAUGUGUACUCAAUUGUCUCGGAUUUUUUGCUAAAAUAUUCGAAAGAAGUAUGUGAAAUGUACCUUCUCUUCUCUUUAGCUCAGUCGUGAAAAUCGUGGCAGCAAAGAUACUGUUAUUUUCAGUAUGUAUACAAUGGAAUUGUUACCGUAGUUUUUAUUUAUCACUUUGUUUUAGUUUCUCAGGGUAUGGCAUAGAUAUGUUUUGACCGUUACCCUUAAUACCUUUCAUUAUUUUAUUUUUUUAAAUUUAUUUAGCUUCGCCAACUAGGGCAGGGUCACCACAACAGCAUAUGCCAAUUACUGUGGGCCCUUUUACCUAACCCACCCUGUCAACUUUCCCUGUGGGAGGAAACCAGAGUACCCGGAGAAAACCCACGACUUUCGGCAGAGCGUUGACUUUUUACUCUUUUCACAUGAGGACUGGGUUCGAGUCGCAUUGAGGAAGUUCUCACUGAUGUUUGAACCUGCGGCCUUAGGGGUUGACUUGCCCUGAAAGGCAAGUGCGCUAACCACUUCGCCAUUAACCCACUAAGUUCUAUUGCUGCCUAAUGCUCCAUACAUUAUUACUUUACUCUUCCUAAUGCCUGACGAUUUUACUCUCUCGGGGAGAGGAGGGGGGGGGGGGGGGGGAAGCGCUCAAUGGGUUAAUCAGACUAUAUGCCCGUGUGUCUGGGUAACUCGUUGAGCUGAAAUGCGUCCAGAUGCGCCCUACUUUAUUACUUUGCUCUGUCUAAUGCCAGAUUGUUUUACUCGUCAAGGGGAGAGCGCUGUUCCUCAAUGGGUUAGAAGUACAACCGAUAAAUUAAUGUCAACUGAUUGUCAACUUACAAAUGCAGUGGCAGGAAACAAUGUAAAAUUGGUGGAGGACUGUCUCUUUAAGGGCACGUUUCAUCAGAGAAGAGCACUUUUCCCAUUGUGUUAUUUGGAAAAAAGACCUCUUAGAGGAACACUUGGAUGCAGGGAAUGUCCCCGUAUGCACUUAACCUUAAGCUUGCCUUGAAGCUAGUUCAAAAAAAUCCGUUAAAACACUAAUGUGAUCUGCUUGUACGAAUAUUCAUUUUAAUGAAACACAAAACAAUAGACUCUCCGUAAAUUGUUUUCCAUUCUCUCUCUCGAAUAUUUAUUUACAACCAUCUUCAGGAGAAUGACGCGUUUUUAAAAACCUGAAUAUGCAUUAAAUAGUGAACUGAAACAACAACAACAACAACAGCAGCAACGGCAGCAGCAACAACAGCAGCAACAACAGCAGCAACAACAGCAGCAACAGCAACAGCAGCAGCAACAACAACAGCAGCAACAACAACAGCAACAACAGCAGCAGCAACAACAACAGCAGCAACAACAGCAGCAACAACAACAACAACAGCAACAACAACAGCAGCAACAACAGCAGCAACAACAGCAGCAACAGCAGCAACAACAACAACAACAACAACAACAACAACAGCAACAACAACAGCAGCAACAACAACAACAACAGCAACAACAACAGCAGCAACAACAGCAGCAACAACAGCAGCAACAACAACAACAACAACAGCAGCAACAACAGCAGCAACAGCAGCAGCAACAACAACAACGGCAGCAACGACAGCAGCAGCAACAACAACAGCAGCAACAACAACAGCAACAACAACAACUGUGGAAAACUUCAUGUUACUUUCAUAUAGUGUCUAGUUAGCACGAGUUCUAGUGAGCGUUUAUAUACCGUGAUGUGAGUUUAUACUUUAUACUAAAUAAAGAACGUUAUCUAAAGUGAAUUGUGAGUUUUCAGGAAACGUAGUGGUUCUAGCUAAAACACCCAAAUUAAAAUGGAUAAAUCAUUGGAAGAACUUUCAUGCAAGAUAAAAAACAUUAAAGUUUCGGAUGAACAAGACCAAUGACGUCAUCGAUAAAAGGGAUAAGGAGGCUCUGGAGCGGCAACGUUUAUCUGUCGGGUCAAGUGCAACGGUAGUAAACACCAUUAAAGAGACCAUUGAAGAGAGCAUGUUUGCGAAGGGAGAAACAGAAGAAAAGGUAAAAGAAUGGUCACAGGAAGUCGAAGUUUUGUUGGCUGAGGCAGAUCAAUGCACCCGUUUGAUCACCAACGAACUAAAAUGUAUUGAAGCAGCUGCUCAAGAGAGUGUGGUCUUGAAAGAACAACAGCAGAAGCUGCAGUUUGAGAAAGAAUUGACAGAGCAACGAUUACGUCAAGAGCAAGAAUCUGUUGAAGAGAAAAGAAAACUUGAGCUGGAACAUGAAAAGCUGAAAGAGGUACAACAAAGCUCAACCCCACACGAAACUGGUUUUGUAAAAAUGCCAAAGCUGGUUAUAACUAAAUUUGACGGAGCACCUCAAGACUGGGUCAGAUUUUGGGGACAAUUCCAUGCACAGAUUGACAAAUCCAAUGUGGAUCCUGUUACGAAGUUUUCGUACCUAAAGGAGCUAGUGGAAAUUAAGGUACGCAAAUUAAUUGAUGGGCUCCCAUUUACAGACGAAGGAUAUGAAAAAGCGAAGAGUCUUUUGGAGAAAAAAUGUGGAGAUUCGAGUGAAGUAGUUGGUGCAUAUGUGAGAACACGGUUAAUAUCUAUUAACCGUGGUGAGAAGUAUACUGGAGUUACCGACCAUACGAGAAAGAGACGUGGUGAAAAUACACAACUUUUAUGAAACACUGUUAUACAAUGUUGAGUCAUUACAAACAUUGGACAGUCUUGGUAAACUGGAUGCGGCAGUUAGAUUCACCAUUGACAAAUUGGAUGCGAUUAAGAGCGAAUUAGCGAUGACUAAUGAAGACUGGAACAAAUGGACCUUUCAACAAUUUGUUCUUCAACAAAUUGUGGACGAAAAACAAAACAGUCAAAGUGGACGAACAACAAUCCAGUAAAAGAUACUCAACAGAAGAAGUUUCCAGGAGAAAGGGGUAGAUCAUUUUUUGCAAAUAGAGACAAUGGUAAUACGUAUCACACGAGAGGUUGUCUCUUCUGUUCUGAUGAAAACCACAAGGCCCUUAAUAGUGACAAACUUGUUCGAUGUGAAGACCGGAAGAAAAUUUUCGCAGAAAAGCAUCUGUGCUUCAACUGUGCGGGGGGCAAACACAGAGCUGUGGAUUGUAAGAGCAAGGGUAGAUGCCAAACAUGCGGUGGAAAACAUCACACUGCACUUUGUGACAAAAAGCAGAAGCCUCGCGAGCCUGGAAUAACUGUGAGUCACAUCGGUCCAAGUUCUGUAUUCACCCGGUAGUGGUUGUACGCAUAAACGGCUAUAAAUUCAGAGCCUUACUGGACAGCGGUACCAAUCAUUCGUACGCUUCAUCCACAGCCAUCAACCUCAUUGGAGCUCCUGUUCUUGGAGAACCCACACUACAAGGAAAUCAUAUGAAACCAUUCUCAUUUACGAGGAGUCCACAUGGAUGAUGAUGAUGAUGACAAAGAUUUUUUACCAGUUCACAUAUUACUCGGAUCCAAUGACUAUGCAAAGAUACGCACUAUUGAGAACUUGCGUGUUGGUGGUACAGGAGAGCCCGUUGCAGAGUAUACGAAGUUCGGAUGGUCUAUCAUGUCACCCGGUGCUGAUCAAGAAACUUCCCUUGGUUGCUUAGUAGUGAAUUCCAUUGCCGACUACGACAAUCUUUGUUCAUUAGAUGUGCUUGGGUUAGCGGACCCAACCGGACCAGAAGACAACAUAUUCAACGAGCCAAACGUGAACAAGCCAAACGUGAACGAGCCUAACGUGAACCAUCCUAACCUGAACGAGCCAAACGUGAACGAGCCAAACGUGAACGAGCCUAACGUGAACGAGCCUAACGUGAACCAGCCUAAUCAGAACCUGCCUAGCGUAAACAAGCCUAAUCAUAUCCUGCCUAACGUGAACCAGCCUAACGUGAAAAAGCCUGACCAAAGCCAGCAUAACCAGAAUCAGCCUGACCAGGUUCAACAGGGCAUAAUGCCAGUGGAUG